AUGACUAAUAGAAAAUAUGCAGCUUUCAAUUAUCCUAAAGACUGCAUUACAGAAGAUAAAAGAAGAACAAUGGCACUCAAUCAUCGAUAUAACGCUGCAAAUUUCCGAAUCCCGUUUCGAAUAAACUGGGCUGUAAUAUUGAUCGUAAUAUCGAUCUGUCAAUUUACAGAAUCUGUUGCUGAACGACAAGUAUCGAACUCGCACGGAAAGAAGCAUUAUAAUAAUCGGCAUUGUAACGCGCGAAGCUCUAUGGUACCUAGUCAGACUUUACAAAGCGUUACUGAACAUCCGGCUCUUACGCCGCAGGACGUUUUAUCGCGUUUGGAGGCUGCUGCAGUUUUGCGUGACAAUCUGGUAACGACGUUAGGCCGUACUCUCCUGCUUUGUCUCAACGACAACGUGAGAAUACCCUUCGAGUUGAUUCACGACGCCGUACGAAAUCGUCGAGUCGCGGUCUACGAAUUACUUCAAGUUCUGCCGGCACUGAAAAAUAAGCCACCGAGGCAGCAACUAUAUAAGCUCCUACAAAUGUUGGAGAGGGUUGACAACCGCUUCAUUUCCGAAUACGCGUCGCUCUGCAUAAACAUUUUUUCCGACGUCGACGCCGUCUUAGAGCAGGUGCCGCUCGUCGAUAUGUUGCUCAACAUAGAUCAGAAAGUGAUCGAAUCGGUCUCGCGCGAUAAGCGAAGGGCCGGCGUGGUGCCUCCAUCUUUGACGAAAGGCAUUGACUUUCUGUUACAAGCAGCUCGCAAUGGCGAUCAGAUUCUUAAUCUGCGUACAGUAUCAGCGAUAUUGUUAAAUUAUCCGACGUUUGAUCUGACGGAUCCGGAAGUUCACAACGCCAUCAAAUUUAUCGCGCAACGAUUGAAGGAGCGAUCGAGUUCGGAGGACCCUCUACUGCAAUAUAUGGGACCGAAUCUAGAGAACACGACGAAUUUUUUGAAAACUGUGCUUGAAAGACUGGAGACAGAUGAGCUGUCAUCCGAGGUAAUUAGAGAAACAACUUCAUUAUUACUUCAGAAUUUCGAUGUAGAGCCUUAUCCGUCCACUCUCAAGAGCAAAGAUAACUUAAAGAAGCUCUUGAUGGUGAUGAACGGUUAUUACCCGGAUAACAUCGUCGCUGUAGCUAAAUAUCUCUUUGACCAUCUUGACGAUUCGCAUUUUCAAGAUCUCGAUAUUGGUUUCUAUGAGACAGGUGAUGAGGCUCUUUUACAAGUGCUAUCUUGUCUCCGUAGAAAACCACAUCUGCGGCAUUUAAGGAAACCUUUGUCCUUGCUGAUAUCUUUCGUCUCGCAAAAACUGGUGAACGAUGCCAAUUAUCACUAUACAGUGCCAAUUAGCUUUUAUGAGGUCAACGACUACUUAGAUUCCUUUGAUGCGCCGUGUCUGCAGCAGAACAUUAGCGACGCAAUGAAAAUGUUACGUCCCUAUUUAUCCGAGGAUCUGCCAUGGACCUACGCCUUCGGGGAUAGACGAGUGAGUGAUAAUCCCUGGGAAUUAAUCUUGACCUCGCUGAUCCGUUUAAAAAAUGUCCCGCUAAACAAGACGCAAGCGAACGUUAUCGACAAUUUCAUUUACAAGGGACACGUCAACGGUUUAACCCUCAAACGAGGGCUGCUCUAUAAUUCUGGCAUCAUCUUUCAGAGGGAUGAUUCAAUGGACGUUGAGGUCGACUUCUUUUCUUUGCUGAGACUCAUACCGAAUAUCUUCAAAAGCGAAAAAUUCGCUCCUAUGAUAAAUUUUCUGUCCAAGCCGAACAUUCUCAAUAUUCUUGGCUUCGAGUUCAACAAGUUUGAAUACGAAACACCGAGGAGCUUAUUACUAGCCAUGCUGAAAAGAGCGCUGACACUUCCUCCAGUCAAAUCCGACGAACCGUUAUCUAGGGCUCUCCAGAACGCUCACAAUUAUCUUGAGGAACCACUGCUGAUCAAUUUAUAUAUCUCAGAGGAUUUGCAAUUGUUACUAAAAUAUCUGCCGUAUAUCGAUAGCGAUCCACGAUAUCUGCCGCUGAAAAUACUCUUCAAGAUACAAAAAUUGUUCACAUAUUUGUCAUCGACUUUCAGUCUGGCUAAUGUGCGCACGCCGAUAGAAAAACUUUUGCUUAUAUUACAAACCGUAAGUUUGAUAAAUACAGAGCCAAAACUUUCCGAAGCGUUGAAAUUUGCUGUCGAUAAUAUCAAUGGACCACCAUUGCCGAUUAAAACUUUCGAUCGCUCAGAUUUUGUGUACCUGGUUCAACAACUGUUGUCUCAUAACAAAAUAUUGCAAGAUAAAAUUCUUGACUCGUACGCAUAUACGAAUGUCGGUGACUGGAACAUCUCCAUCGGUGGAACGCCGGAAAACGUUCUCGCCAGAGCUUUGACUUACCCCAUUUAUCAAAUCUCAUCGGACGCGAAUCUUGCCGACCUUGUGAAACAGGCGGAAAGUAUCUUGGAGGAAAAAAUUCUGAUCAACACUAAGAUCCUGAAAAAACAGACAUUGGAAGCAAUGCUGGAGUAUCUGCCGAACAAUACGUACGCGAAGCCCGUGAGUCUGUUGCUGAGAAAAGCGAAUCUUAUGAAGCUCGUGCCAAAAUUGAAUCUUGCAACUUUAGAAACAGCUACCGCGCGUGACGCUUUGAUUAUGCUUCUGAAAAGUUUAACAGAGUCUCGUAUAAUACGCGCGGAAAAAUUGCUCCGGAGACGUGUCAGGACGGCAUUGAGUUCUUUGGACGAUGCGAAUGAAGACGAUCGUCAAACGCCAAUUUUCGCUUACUUGAUCCAAUCGUUGCAAGAUCCAAGUAAUAUUAUUUAUCAGUCACUUUUGUUAGAAAUAAGCAAAUUGAAGAACCUAAUAAUUUCGCCCGAAGAACGACAAGCUUGGUUGCAAGAUUAUUUCCAGCAGAUCAUCGACAAAAACGAGAUGGAGAAUCGAACGAAGGCCGCAUCGAUGAUUCUCAAAGAAAUUACAUAUAAAGAAAGUUUAGAUGAAGCGUUACGUGCCAGUAAAGAACGGAUUGGUAAGGCUCUAUCAGUUUUGCCUAUGGAUUCUUUCACCGAAUCACUGAGAAAACUGCUGAUACCAGAUUGGGCUUACAGCAUUCUACCCGAAAACAUCAGAAACUCCGAUUCGUUAGAAAAGGAAGAACUCUUGCUAAUGAUUCUACACUUCGCGAAACAACGGGUUAAUGUCGCCAAUAGCCUUCCUCUAAUGAAAGCCAUUUCCAAAGUCGAGGCAAGCUUGAAAAGAUGGACAACAAAUAUCGAACCACUAAGAAGUGCUGUUGUUGCCAUGAAGGCUGCCGUUUACGAACCUGUUAGAAAACUUCUAACCCCUACCGAACUAAAUAAAAUCAAAGUUACCAUUCCUUCCAGUAAAUCGGCUAGAAUAUCGCUACUGGGAUUAUUACAUCGUUUGUUACUGCAUCCUGUGAUCAAAAAGAACGACACAAUUUUCAGACUGUUGAGCGCCGUUAGACAAGACGUAUUCGACUUUGGGAUGAACGUAGAUCUAUUAACUGUACUUGAUGAUAUGGGAAUUACUUAUACCAGUGAGCUCGCUCCCAUCAGAUUAUACUUGCGUAGAAAAGAUAUCAACGAGAAGUUUGGACCCACCAUCCUUGCGAUUACUGAUCCCAGAAAGCGGUAUCGCACUUUACUGCACGUUCUCCAGAAACAACAGAUGGACAAUAACACGCAAUUAUUUGAUGCGCUCCCAACGCUAAAAAAUAUUCAACCUAAAGAAAAAGAAGCCACGAGUACGCUGAUUUCGGACCUCGAAGACAUAGUGAGCAGCAUUCCGCGUAGCAUCAGACAAUUUAAACAUAUCAAUCAUUUGUUUAACGUCAAUACGCUGUCUCGUUUAACGGACGAUAACGAGAUCGUCCAAUCAAAAACUCCACUAAUUACUUUAUUGUCCAAGAUGGGGGAUUUGCCGGAAGUCAGCAGUGAUUAUGCUGCGAUAAAUGAAUUAAACAAGCUGCUGUCAGAUAUCGAACAUUUGAGCUAUCCAAUCGUCACCAGUUUUCAACUCAGACCGUUGCUACUAGAACUUGGACACGUUGAGCAAAUCAAUGUAGAUUAUCUCAAUUCCAUCUUAAAUCCCGAAAUACUAAGUAAUUUGAACACGGAGGAAUUCUCCGACGCAUCCAACAAUAAUAUCGAAAUACUUCAAAAUAUCGUUGAAUAUUUAUUGCGUGAAGGACCAGCACUCGUCGACUAUGACAUGCAAAAACAUCUGCAAUCGUUCAAACGUGCUCUCGAGCUAACGACAGGUUCCGGCAAGCCUUCAAAGAGAGAUUUGACUAAGGAAGAUUGGCAAAAAAUGCUAAUUUUGAUACCACACAAGAAAGACUUUACACCCAUCAAGAUAUUCUUGGAGACCGGAGAAAUUUUCAAAUACAUCAAGUACAAAGAUACGAAUUGGAAUAUAUUUUCUACUUCGGCCAAAAGAUUACAUUAUCUGCUGAUGUUGAUGGAGGAUGAAAUUGAGGACGAGAAUGUUUACAAAUCGGCGAAUAGAUUACGGUAUUAUCUUGAGAAACGUUAUAACUUCAUUACUGAGCAAGAUGUCGAGAGCAUGCAACGUACUUUGGCGAGUCUUAAACUCAAAUACGAUUUGGCGCCUCUCAAAAUAUUCCUGAAUCACGAUAAUAUGAUCAAGUAUCUACCGCCUAAUGUCAAGUACACUAAUUACAAUUCGUCGAUCGAUGCCCUCGCCGUUGCCUUGGAUAAUCUGCUGCAAUUACCCAGCUUAAGACAAAAGAGAAUUCUUUACAAGACUCUGAGAUUCGUGAGACAGUCUUUGCGCGAACGCAUCUUCCCGGUGAGGAAAUCGUUUCGCCGACCUCUAGUUUCUAAGCAGCUGUCCAGCGAGGAUCUUAAAUUUGUCAGCCUGUUAAAUAUGUCUCUACCGAAAAUACGUAAAUUUAUGAAACCUGAAAAAUUAAUGAGUUUACUGCCGGAAUCGUUUACUUUCGACAAUCAGCCGACAUAUAAGAUGAAAAUGCUACAUUUGCUACGGCAGCUUUUAAAAUCAGAUACAGACGUUCAUUCGGAAUUGGAGGGACUUCUCCAAGAAGUGGAGACUUAUCCGGACGUUCCAGACAUCACGGAGGACGAUCUUGUGCCACUUUUAAACAUCCUUCCUACCGAGGGAGUACCUUACAUUGAGCUCGUUAAAAAAUAUUUGAAACUUUCCACGUUGAUCAAGUUAUUACCCGGAAAUUUCAAUAUAAAGCAAGCGUCUACUCCUAGAAUGGCGUUACAUGAUGUUUUAUUGUUGCUGAGAAUCACUCUUGGAUCUUCUGCGGAAAACGAUAAGCUGAAAACAGCCUUUGAUACACUCAUAAGCGAAUUGAUAAAAUUUAAUUCCAAAAUAGUACCGUAUGAAUCGACAAUUGACAGCAACGAUAUAAGAUCUAUCAUAAGAGAAAUUCCGUUCAAGCAGUACAAGCAAAUUGGGCAACUCAAAUUUCAGAUGACGACUAAGAAGGUUAUCUCGGCUUUACCUUUGAAUUUCCAGCUUACUGAAUACAAAACGAAGAAACUGAGAGUGUUAGCAGUCUUGAACGAAUUAUCGAAAAGCAACGUGUUUCAGUCUUCGCUAAGUUCAAUCAAUUUCGCUAAAAGAAUCGUCAGCAAGAUGCCGGAUAUACCUGUAGUGAACGACGCAGAAAUUGAGAGGCUAUUGUCGACAUUGCCGUUGAAUACUUCCGACGUGGAAUUGCUUGUAAAAAAUUGUAAGCUAGCAACUUUGAUGCCUUAUUUGCCGAUUUAUUUCAAUCUCAGCAGCACAGAGUCGCGGAAAAUGAAGAUCGCGAAGAUCCUGCACUACUGUAAGGUGGCCAAUCCCACGGACAUUAGUACAAAGCAGGCAUUGACUAAUGCCAAGACCUUGAUACAGAAAUUGCCCGACGUUGACGUUACCCGGAAUCAUGUGGAAGUCUUGAUACGAGCGAUCCCGUGUACUCAUUUCACCUCGAUAAAAUCCUUGCUGCGAGUCCUGUCGAAGACGGACAUCACGUCGCUUCUUCCUUGGGAUCUCGACCUGUAUCAAACGUCACGGACUUUCAAGCUGCGUAUUUUCGAUCUGUUAACCGCUCUGCGAAACAUUAAGGGAUUGCAAAAUGACAAGAUGUUUUCCGCCCUCGAUUCUCUGGAGAAGAACACGGAGUCCUUACCGGAACAAGUAUAUAUACCACAGGAACGCGUAACAACACUAUAUAACUCGGUGGUCGUGGCCACUGCACCAUGCUCACGCUAUCGGGAUUUUGUGUUGAAGCCCGAAAAUCUGAUCCAGAUAUUGCCACCGAAUUUCCAAUUUCAAUUGGACUGUCAGUCAUCAUCAAUUACCAGUUAUAGCGAAUGGCCGAGAUUGAUGCGCUUCUCGGAACUAUUUCUGCGUGAUGUGAAGAUAGACGGACCCCUGAAAAUCGCGUUUGAAGCUUGCAGCGAUAAUAUACAUAAGUUCGAAAAGGAACAAAUCUUUCUUUAUCUGUCACGAGGAUUAAGUAGCGCGCCACAAUUUCAGCAGCUGGUGCCACUAAGACUGUACACACUGGGUCACGCGGAAGACGUAGCCGCGCCCGUCGAAGAUGUUUAUCGCGCUUUUCCUUAUGGAUCUGUACUUUCUAUGCUGCGCGUGAUAAUGAGAGAAUUUAUUAGUAGACCGGAGUUAAUCAAAAGCAAAUCCUUGAUUAACGAUAUGGAAGUGUUUUUACAUGACUAUCUUAUGACUCUGUCUAGAACAUGGCUGAAUGACGAGUCGCUUACUGAAACGUACAUUGAAGUACUGUCACCUUACGAGAUAAAUCGAGCCAUUGGUGAAAUUCCAAGUGAUCACAAAUAUGAUGAUCUCAGGUUUCUCAUGCAAUGUCAAGAUGUGCAAACGUCAAUGGACAAGGUAUUGCUAUCAGAAGACACGCCGAAACAGUUGCUCCUGCAGAUGCUGAAACAGGUAGAAAAAGGAAAUAUCGACGAUACGAUACGAGAGAGCAUCGAGAGUUUUAAGGAGCAUCUCGUGAAUGAUAUUCACAUUGAAGAAGUAGAGUAUGCGCUAAAACAGAUGCGCGAUUAUAGAUAUCAUUCGAGCAAGGUGAACGUCAUUCGAAAAUAUUUAGUGUCGCGGGGAUUCCAACGCCUCUUCGGGAAUAAUUAUGCCACAGACUAUCCUACUUAUAAAGACAGGUUAUUCGCGAUCAACGACCUGAUGUUGACUAACACGAUCAAUCGACCAGACGAUUUUUCGCUCGAGCAUCGCGCAGAAUCAGAUUAUCUAAAUCGUACUCUGCACAAUGAGAUUAAGAUUGAGCCUACAAUAUUGAGAACGACGGACGAUAUCAAUGUGCAAACACUCUUCUUCGUGCUGCCGAAGACGAGAAACGAAAGAAUCAUUCGUGGUAUCAUCAAGUUCUUCUCCAUUCCUGAUUUACUGCGUAAACUGAAGUUACCAAGAGAUCCAUUCGCGUACGUGACAAAAGGUCGACUCUUGCAGGCUAUUAUGGACUUGGGCCAGGAACUGGAAAGUGUGCAGCAGGAUCCCGUGCAACAGGAGGCUCUCGAGUACUUCAGAGAUAAAAUAAUCACCACUGGCCCCACAGGUGCACAGCCGAUCGAACUGAAGACGUAUGCGCACGAUUCCAAUGUGGACGUGGACUUGUACGGCGUGAUGCGGGCUAUUGAUUAUACGAAGAUAAAUGAGACUGACGCGGUGAAGAUAGCGAUUUUUUUCGAACGUAAGUACGAUAAUCUGGUGCACGCUAUAGGUUUCGAUCACAUGGCCUAUGCGACGAGAGGCUCGUACUUGAAAGCACUGUUCGAGCAUCUCGUUAAUGUUUCUGAAGUGCCUGAUGACGUGAAGCAGCAAAUAACGUCAUUGAUACCGGCGGUGAGGUUGGACGGUCCAGGAGAAGAAAGCGUCGAUCUGAACACCGACAUCGUUUACGAGAAAAAGCCGGAUGUAAGAAUAUUUGAAGAAUUUUCGGAUAACAAAUCUCAAUCUCUCAAACCGGAUGACCAUUUAGGUACAAAAGUAUCGCAUACUUUCGACGAGAAUAAAGAAUCGCUGAACGAUGCCAUCGAUAGCAUAUUGGAAGCCAUAUGGCCAUCUAAAGAAGAAUACCUCAAACAUAUUGAUGAACAAUCUAAUGUUUACAACGAUAAAACUCGCAUUGUUACCAACGCUCCUGAACAUUUCCAUAACGCUCGACGAAAGUUAUAUUUCAGGCAACCGCAAAUACAACACAUGAGUAACUCGAUAAAAUUACUAUUAAAUCGUGCAAAAACGAAGAAGAAAAACGAUCAAGCGAGAAGAACAUUAUUUCUCAGUGAUAUCAUUUCUGCUAAUAAAGCUCGUAUCACAUAUAAGAUAGUAAAAAGAAUAAGAGGUAUUAAGUCAAAAAGUAAUCUGAGUUUGCAAACAAAAUUGAGUAGUUCUAACUAG